GGACACCUGGAAUCCAGAUAGUCACUGAGCUUUAAGCUUAUAUUUAACGGCAUUUUUCAGGUGGAGAACGAUUUUUAUUUUUUGUUAUUAUUCAAAAUUUGGGUGACGCCAUAUACUGUCUCACAAGGCAGAUGGUCAGUCAGGAAACCAUGCGAGGACAGCGUGUUUUGGAGACCAUGUACAAGUCCUUGAACCCUAGUAUCUGGAUUCUGGUGACCUUGCUUGGAUCAUUUGUCUUCAUGGCUUUCGGUGUGCGACUGGAUGAUGAACUGCAAUUCCUACAGAGGAAGCAUUACCAAGUGAAACUGGCAAAUGGGCAGAACCGGUGUGAGGGUCGAGUGGAAGUGUAUUACAAUGGUACCUGGGGCACGGUGUGUGAUGACGAAUGGGACAUGCUGGAUGCCCAAGUAAUCUGUCGCCAGCUGGACUGCGGAAUUGCUGUGGCACUGGGCAACAGCACUCAGUACGCUCAAACCUCGAUCCCCAUCGUGCUGGAUAACGUGGACUGCAAUGGGAGUGAAACAAACCUUGGUUACUGUGACAGUCUGGGAUGGGGCAUUCACAACUGCUAUCACUACGAGGAUGUAACUAUCAAAUGUCGAGAACCACUGAUGGUAGGAGCAAAAGCUUCAGGGGAUGUUACAACACCUCCACCCAAGAAUGCAGUUGUAGAUGGCACGGUGCGUCUAGUAGGUGGAAUUGACUCUUGCCAAGGCCGGGUGGAGAUCUACUAUCAGGGUCAUUGGGGCACUGUGUGUGAUGAUGAUUGGGAUACGAUGGAUGCGAUGGUUGUGUGCCGACAGUUAGGCUGUGCCCAAGUUCUUUUAGCUCCCAUCCGUUCCUUCUUCGGUCACGGCACCGGCGAUAUUCUUCUGGACAAUGUCAACUGUAUGGGCCUUGAGGAGCAACUGAGUCAAUGUCCACACCGUGGCUGGAGGAACCACAACUGUCACCAUCAUGAAGAUGCUGGGAUCAUCUGUUCUAGUAUGGGACCCAACCCAACUGUGCCUUCAGUUUACCCUUCCACUGUAAUCCAGGGGUUGACCGGGUCCACUCUUGAAACACCAGUAACAAAUGUUGAUGUCACAGCUACAGAAGUCAGCAAUAUUCGCACCGCUCUGCCGACAAAAGCUCCAAUGGCUCUUCGUGUGGUGAGCAAAUACGGCAGCUGCCAGGGUCGCGUCGAAGUGCAAUAUAAUAAUGUUUGGGGCACGGUGUGCGACGACGGCUGGGACAUGCCCAAUGCCAUUGUGGUGUGUAGGCAGCUCGGCUGCGGCGCGGCUAUUGAAGCGAAAUCACAGGCCGCUUUUGGCUCCGGUUCGGGUCCCAUCCUGCUGGACAAUGUGCAGUGCACUGGUACUGAAACACACCUAUCUCAGUGUAUCCACUCUGGCGUGGGUCAACACAACUGUGCCCAUCAUGAGGAUGCUGGAGUUAUCUGUACACCAAUUAAUCCCUCCAAUGGGCUUAUCCGUGACUUUAGAGCAACAGACGAGAUGGCCCCCAGGGAUCCCACUGCCUCCACCUCAUCUACAGAAGGCAAGACUACACUCAAGCUACACUGCGCAGUGAGGCUGGUCGACGGCGAGCAUGAAUGCGAAGGUCGCGUGGAGAUGUACUUAAAUUCAGAAUGGGGCACAGUGUGCGAUGACGCCUGGGACAUCCCCGAUGCCAACGUUGUGUGCCGUCAGGUCGGCUGUGGAGAAGCCAUCGCAGCAUGGGGGGAAGCGCAUUUUGGCCAAGGAACGGGAACAGUUCUAUUUGACAAUCUCAAGUGUAAUGGCAGAGAAGUUUCCCUGCAGAAUUGCUCCCAUAUAGACUGGAAUAUGCACAACUGUGACCACUCAGAGGAUGCUGGUGUCACCUGCUCGCGGUCCUGAUUCUAAGAGCACCACAGCACCAAAAUGUGACAAGCAGUUGUCCCGGUACUGGACUUGUCUUCAGUAUGUAAACAACAGCUGCCACAUUGCAAAGGCAAUAUUCUUCUACCAUUGGAAUCCACGCAUCACGUAAUAACGCCCCAGAAUUCUAAUG